GUUCUCCUUCUCCUGUGAUCCUCGCGUGGGCAUGGCCUCCUCCUCGGUGGCCCCUUCUCCUUCCUCUCCUUCCUCUCCUUUCUCUCCCUCGGAGCGGGCUCUGCAGGCGGCGCGGCAGGGCGACGUGGAGGCGCUGCGGGCGGCGCUGGGCGAGGCGGGGGCGGCGACGGCGGGGCUGCGGGACCCUCUGGGGGCGUCCCCGGUGCACCACGCGGCCCGCGCGGGGAGGCUUCCGUGCGUGCGCUUCCUGGUGGAGGAGGCCGCGCUGGCCGGGAACGGGCGCGCCAGGAACGGAGCCACCCCCGCGCACGACGCCGCCGCCACCGGCAACCUGCCCUGCCUACAGUGGCUCCUCCACCACGGAGGCUGCCGGGUACAGGACACAGACCACUCGGGGGCAACAGCACUGCACCUGGCCUCCCGCUUCGGGCACCACGAGGUCAUCGAGUGGCUCCUGCGCGUUGGGGGCAGUGACCCGCUGGCGGCCACGGACACGGGCGCCCUGCCCGUCCACUAUGCCGCCGCCAAGGGGGACUUCCCCUCCCUGCGCAUUCUCAUCGCCCACUGCCCCAGUUCGGUGAGUGCGCAGACCAAGAACGGGGCCACGCCCCUCUACCUGUCCUGCCAGGAGGGACACCUGGAGAUCAUCCAGUACCUGGUCAAGGACUGUGGGGCUGACCCACACAUCCGGGCCAACGACGGCAUGACCCCGCUCCAUGCCGCCGCGCAGAUGGGACACAACACCGUCAUCGUCUGGCUGAUGAGCUUCACGGACAUCAGCCUCUCGGAGCCGGACGACGACGGGGCCACGGCCAUGCACUUUGCGGCCAGCCGGGGCCACGCCAAGGUGCUCAGCUGGCUCCUGCUGCACGGCGGGGAGAUCACUCGGGACCACUGGGGCGGGACCCCCCUCCACGACGCGGCCGAGAACGGGGAGCUGGAGUGCUGCCAGAUCCUGGUGGUCAACGGCGUGGACCUGGGCCUGCGCGACCAGGACGGAUACACGGCGGCCGACCUGGCGGACUACAAUGGACACGUCCACUGCGCCAAGUACCUGCGCACCGUGGAGAACAUGAGCGUGGAGCACCGCGUCCUGUCCCGCGACCCCUCCACGGAGCUGGAGUUCAAGCAGCCGGACUCGGGCCUCUCCUCGCCCAACACCACCAUGUCGGCCCCCCAGGCCCACUUUGAGCUGGGCUCCCCCAGCAGCACUCUCUCCAACUACGACUCCUGCAACUCCAGCCACUCCAGCACCGGGGGCGGCGGCGGCGGGAAGCGCAGCAGCGGAAGCGGACAGGCGGCCCGAAUCCCGGAGACGACCAUCUCGGACAUGCAGACCUACAUGGACCUGCUGAACCCAGAGGUGGGGCCGGGGGGCAAGAAGGGGGCGGAGUCUUCCGGGGGGUCUGCCCCGCCUCCCCCGCCGCCCACCUUCCCGGCCCCCCCGCCGCCCUCCUCCUGCCCGGACCCCAAGGGGCCCCCUCCGCCCCCGGGGUACCCGGCCCCCAGCCCCCCCGAGGAGGCCCAGCACACCGCCGAGAUCUACGUCCAGGCCAAGAACAACCUGCGGCACGUGGAGAGCGAGGCGCUCAAGAGAGAGCUCACUUCGCUGGAAGGCAGCCCCGAACUCCGCCGCGUCGACUCGAGCCGGAAAUCCCGGAACUUCAACAAGCAGCCCAGCACCGGAGACUACUACAAACACCUGGGGAGCGCCGGGGAGCAAGGCAGCAUGGCGCACAGCGAGGAGGCCUCUCUCCUGUCCAAGGAGGACGCUGUGCAGCAGAACGGCAGCCCCGCCUCGCCCCCUCCCUCCCCUUCGCCCUGUUCCUCGGAGGGGCAGGCGCCCCCCUCCCCCACGGAGGAGCCCCCACCACUGCCCCCACCGCCCCCUCCCCCACUGCCCGAGGGGGGCUGCCCUCCGCCCCCACCGCCCCCUCUCCCGGCGGCAACGGGAUCAACAGCGGGGUCCGAGAACCAGCACCCCCCCGCGGCCCCCGGGCAGAGGCGCUCCUCCUCCUCCACCGGAAGCACCAAGUCCUUCAACAUGAUGUCCCCGACGGGCGACAACGCGGAGCUUCUGGCCGAGAUCAAGGCCGGGAAGAGCCUGAAGCCCACCCCGCAGAGCAAGGGCUUCACCACCGUCUUCUCCGGAUGCGGGCAGGCCGGCUCCGGCGCGGAGACCCCCGGCUCCUGCCCGCCCUCCCCGCCGCCCACCCGGAGCCCCUCUCCCCCUUGCAGCCCAGAGGCCCGCCCGGCCACAGCCCCCUCCCCUUCCUCCUCCUCCCCUCCUGAGCCCGUGGUCAACGGCUCUUCCUCCUCCCCGUCCUCGUCCUCCCUGCCGGCCAGCCAGGUGGACAUCGAGGGCCUCAUCCCCACCCACGACGAGCAGGGCCGGCCCAUCCCUGAGUGGAAGCGGCAGGUCAUGGUCCGCAAGCUCCAGGUCAAGAUCCAGGAGGAAGAGGAGCAGCGGCGCAAGGAGAGAGAAGAGGAGGCCCGCUUGGCCACGAUGCCGGCCUGGAGGAGAGAGAUCCUCCGCAAGAAGAUGGAGGAGGAAAGAGAGCAAAAACGUCAGGAGCAGGAGAAGCUGCGUCGCGAAGAGGAGGCGAAGGAGAAGGCACAGUCGGAGAAGCUCAGGACUCUUGGCUACGACGAGAGCAAGUUGGCCCCUUGGCAGCGGCAGAUCAUCCUCAAGAAAGGAGACAUCGCCAAGCACUGAAGGACCCAUCGCCCCCUCCUCCUCUUAGGCUCCGCCCCCUCUUUCUGUCCAUCCGUCCGUCCGUCCGCCUCUCGUUCGCUCUCUCCGUUUCUUCGCUUCUCUCUUUCGAAGGCCGAGCCUCGCAUCCAGAGACAUGACCCCCCCCCCCCGAGCCCCUUUUCUUCUCCGG